CGUCGACCACUUUUUUUUUGGCACAAGAGCCUCAACCGACAAAGGGGCCCACAUGCAACGUCCUUGCACGGCUCACGUUGAACUCCAACUUCCAAGUGACGGCAGGCUGCAGCAGGGUCUAGACUCUAGAGCCUGAGGAACCCUGUCUUGCACGCCAGAUUCGGUGGCCAGAAGAUAUUACUCGAAGACACAGGGACUCAGCUAGGAGAGAGGGUAGAGGUGAGCGCCUCGUGGGGCGGUUUGCCAUGGAACGUAUGGAGAGCUUUCAGGAGCUGGACGCGGAUGCUGUGUCUGAUUAUGCUCGCAGGUUUGCGGAGAGUGAGCAAUUGCAACAUGCGGAGGAGGAAGAUGAUUGGGUUGACCUGCGCAGUAUGGCAGCAGGGGGCAGUGGGGACGAAUCCAGCCGAGAUGACAUGUACAUGGCCAAUGCCAGCCCUCGCACAGAUACAAGUGAGGACUUCCUGGAGGAAGAUGCCCAAAGGAUGCAGACGGGAAACGAGGACCAACACAUGGAGGGAAGGGAUGGCCACUCCAGGCAGCGGCAGGGAGAAGGAGACAUGGAUGUAGGGGCGCACCAAGACAAGAAGGGGCUGCCAACAGCGGGGUCAGCCUCGGACAGCGCCCUGCCUUUGUCACCUGAAGAGCAGGCUGCGCAGAAGGGAAGAAUGGAGCAUGGUUGUUCCCACUACCGGCGGCGGUGUCGCCUGCGUGCCCCUUGCUGCAAUGAAGUCUUUACGUGCCGGCACUGCCACAAUGAGGCCAAGAACGCGGGGGAGGAGGACCCCAAGCUGCGGCAUGACUUGCCGCGCCACGAAGUCACCUCUGUGGUGUGCAUGCUCUGCAACAUGGAGCAGCCUGUGUCGCAACGCUGCAGGAGCUGCGGGGUCACAUUCGGGGAAUACUUCUGCGACAAGUGCAGGUUCUUUGACGAUGACAUUUCCAAGGAACAGUUCCACUGCAACGAUUGCGGCAUCUGCCGCAUUGGCGGCCGCGACAAGUUCUUCCACUGCGCCACGUGCGAAUGCUGCUACGCCAUGUCCCUUCAGGACAAGCACAAGUGCGUCGAGAAGUCGAUGCACCACAACUGCCCCGUCUGCUUUGAGUACCUGUUUGACAGCGUGCACAGCACCAGCGUCAUGGUCUGUGGCCACACCGCCCACCACGCCUGCCUCGAGGAGAUGCGCCAGCACGGCCAGUACAACUGCCCCAUCUGCUCCAAGAGCCUGUACGACAUGGCCCCCGUGUGGGCGCAGCUGGACGCUGAGGUGGAGGCCACGCCCAUGCCGCCAGAGUACCGCGACAAGCUGGUGUGGAUCUUGUGCAACGACUGUGGGGGUAUCAACGAGGUGCGCUUCCACCUCGUGGCGCAAAAGUGCCCCGUGAUUGACUGUGGCUCUUACAACACGCGGCAGACGCGCGCCAGUGGGAACGCCGCCACUGCAGCUGCCGCAGGGCCCAGCCACACGGGAUAGACAAAGAGAGGAGCAAAGGGAAAUCGGGGAUCAUACGCAAUGGAUAGGGAUAGGUGUUCAUCGAACGAAGACUCCACUGGUAGGAAGGGCAGGCAGGUCACAGUCUAGGAAACAUGUUGACUACGAUGCUGUGCAUAGUUAGAGGCUAGCAGCCAUUGUAGCUUUAGAGAGUAGAAGAAAAACUUGCUCUGCAAAGGGGUCAGCCGGGAAAAGCGACACCACAAGUGUUGCCGCUUCAAGGGCUGUGAUUGGUGGACUCUCAGCGCAAAAACCGUCAUCAUAGCAUGCGGUCUGAUUCGAAGUGGACAUAGUAGGUAUGGUCGAUCAGGUUUAACAGUGGCAUGUGGGACUGCCCACAGAUUGACAUGUGUGGGCACGACCAGUUUAAACUUCGGUGAAUGAUGCUGAUACUAGCUUGCGAAUUGAGCUUUCCUGGCAUUUGAUUAGACUGGUAAAUCAUCGAAUCCAUGUUUUUUGUUUUCGCAUAA